AUGGGUUUACAGAAGCUGAAUUUAGUGAAGUUCCGACAACAGCACGAAAGCAUGGACGAUGAUUUAAAAUGGACUCUGGAAUGCAGUGGAAGAGAGGUCGAAGACGUUUUGUACAUGUAUGGAUCCACCCUAGAAUACGAGCAUCUUUGUCAUUCAUUUGUGGUGGACCCUUGGGACAAAACGUACAAGCAAAAAAGCAUUUUCACGAGUGAAGAAAUCGAAGAGAUCAAGAGUUCCAAAGCCAAGCAAAAGCCAGUCAUCAGUCAGAAAACUCUCGAAUAUUUGAAUCAAUAUACGAAGGUUAAAAGUUCUUCUCAAGCUCGGCAUGUUAUCAACCAAAUACAACAAUGGGAUGCGAACUUUGAUAGAAUGCAAUCUCACGACUUGGAUUGGAUACGUCACAGUUAUUAUACAAUGGUCCGGGAGUUGGAACGCAGCAGGAUCGAUGACGAGAACAACGCAGAAACAUGGUUGUUGGCACACAUCUGGACUAUGAUGGAUCGUGCAUUAGAUGAUGUUGUGUUGGAUGUAGUUCGCAAUGGAAUUUACAGUGCUGAAAAUUCGAGCCUUGCAUCAAGUCGUCGCAAGAACAAAGAACGGAUACCACAAGGAGAAGAGAAACUGGAGAGGAAGAAAAUGGGUCGCAGACUUGAUCUAAUUUUACGACGAAAGAAACUGGAGUUUGGAGCGGGCGAGGCUGGUAAACGGACGGAUGAUACAGAUACCAAGCUACUUCGGGAGAGAGAUUUAAAGCUCCCUAAAGCAUUGAAAGACAUGAUGAUGAGUCUGAAGAACGAAAGAGGAAGCGCUGAUGGUCUGAGAGUAGUUGGAUUAUUGCAAUAUGGCCUCAAGAUGACGACUAUCACAAUGGAUGUUCCACAUUACUACGUACACAGAAUCACGAGAACGAAAAAUGCCGAGGUGCCAAGUGAUUAUGAGAAGCUGCUAGAAUUCAGAAAGGUGCUUUACAUGACGUUAUUCAACAAAGCAAUAGUAUUGGAAACAAUGAAUGUUUUACGAAGCCCAGGCCAAGAAGACAAAGAAAAUAGCCUUAGUGACGUAAUGGAAACACCGGAAGAAGAUUUGUAUCAGUUACCUAGCAUGUUCGAUUCACCAGACACUGUAGGAAAAUUCUUGUGGUUCUUGUGGAUUUCUUAUGAAUUUCUUUCCCUAGUCGAGGUACCAGUUGUCGAUGAAGCAGAACUUGCUGAGACGGUUUCCCUCAUUCCCCACCCAAUGACUCUAAAUGCUAAGGGGAAGAUGGUAAAGAAAGCGAGCAAGGAUGAUGUUGAGCGCCUUCUCCUUCAAGGCUACCACCAUUUUGAAGGAGGUGCGUUGAUCAAAGCCCAGACCGACAUCAAGCACAUUAGCGAACGUGUUGUGGUCGAUCUGGUGAAAAGAUUGCAGAAUCGUGCUGACAACAGCGUGACCCACUACUUUGCUAAGCUACAAAGCAAAGAUAGGCAACUGGGCUAUUAGCCUUUUCAUGAACCUGGCAAAAAAGCAGGGCAUUGAUUUUGCUGUCUGCCAGGGCCAGUGGGCAGCUCGCCAUAUCCUCCAGGAAUGCUGGC